UUAGUAGGAGGGUUCUUGUCGUUGGGCAUGUCCGAGAUCCACUUCAGGUUUUACAUCGGACUCGGAAUAUCAGACUGACUCCUGCCCUGAUGCCUCCUUAUUAGAUCAGUUUCCUAAACACAGGCAGCCUUGCAGUUAUCUCACUGGACUUGGAAACACACCUUUCCUGCCACCCGUUCCCUGUGACUGUCAGCAAUGUGAACAGAGGGUUUGUUUUUAUCUAACUUGCAACUGCUCUCACUUGCACUGGGCAACAUAUUGGAAUAUAACAUGUAUUUUAGAAGAACAAUUAACUGGAAUCUACAAGGUGUACAACAAUAGAUAAAGGCAAAGCUCCGGGAAUGAAGGAUAGAGAACCGUUGGCAAUAAAUCUCUACCAGCCAUCAACCAUGAACAGCAACAAGUCGGGUGUUAUUGCAGCCUCGCAUUUGGCCACUGUCGGAGUUAUAAGCUCCUCGGGUUCCACCAUAUCUUCAAAGCAGGCUAACUUUGGACUAGGCACACCCCAAAACCUCCUGGCCAGCAUGCAGCUUCAGAUGCUCAACAGUCAGUACCAGGAUUCGGAAGAGAUACAGGCAUGGACUUUAAACAACCAGGGGACCCUCAGUGGCGCCAGUAACCUGCUUGAGCUGGAUCGUGUGGAUGAAGAAGUGCUCAUGUCCCUGGUUUUGGAGCUGGGUCUGGACAGGGCAAAUGAGCUCCCAGAGCUGUGGCUGGGGCAGAAUGAGUUUGACUUUACUCCAGAACUGCUUGUGCCCCCAGACAAAUGAAUUGCUUGACUGUGUUACCGACAUAAAGCGCAAACUGAACUGCUGUAACUCCAUGUAGGUUUUCUUUAGAAGGAUACUCAUAAAAGAGUGAUGCAGGUAACAGGGAUACAUUUGCACAUCUGUGUCCUCAUCAGAUAAAAAGGUACAACUAUGCGUCCAGCCUUGUGCUCGUCUGCUGGGGUCACAAAUGGAUACAAAGGACCACUGGCCCCCAAAAUGGGGGUUUGGGGGCACCACUGGGUAACAUGAGCUGUCCUGUGCUAAUCUCUUUAUAUCUUUUUUGUGUGAUUUCCUUUGAAGACUUUUUUGGACAUUUCGGGUCCAAGCACCUGUUUGAGGGCCAUCAUGUUGUCAGGGUUCCACUUAUCUCAGAACAAAGUUCAAGAUGAAAAUGUAAUUGUAUCAAUCAUCCUGCCAUAGUUCCAAGGCUUUCCUAAAGAGCAAAUAGAUUUGCACUGCAAAUAUCACCAUCAUUGUCCUUCCCGAGAAAUCUAGAACUGCAAAUAGGCAUUCGCCCCAAAAUUUCAUUGGCCCAUCUGAAGAUUUGGGUCCCUGUAGGACCCCGCAGAACCUCUGCUUUAAAGCAACACUAGAGACAAGUUACUUUUAUCUACAAGAUCAAUUCUGUUACUUUGUGCCAGAUACUGACAUACAAUUGCUGUGUGAUUGGCUGUGGGAGUGAUUUUGGAGCCAUGUUGUGAAUCUGUAUAAGGCACAUGUAAUCUCUGUAUAAAUGGGACUCUAUUUACAAUUAUCACACAGUAAAGUUACAUUGAUAACAUCAUUUGAGAACAGAUAGAACCUCUAUAUCAGGGAUUGUUAAUCUGUGGGUCAGAACUCAAAACUGGUGUUUAGGGUGGGUCAUCAAGAUCCAUAGUUGAAAAAAAAAGCUUCAUAUAUAGUCAGUAGCAUUUAAAAUAAGGUAAAUAAAUGAUUGUAAACCAAUAUGUGGGUCACCAGCCUAAUUCCCAAAUAAAUGGGUCCCAAAUGAAACAAGUGAAGAAUCUCUGCCCCAGAGUCACUAACUGUACUUGCGGCCUAGCUAGAUAGAGCUAGAUAGCAUUUCACAUUCUCAGCUAUAAAUAUAUUAAGAUUAUAUAGUAAGAUGGACGUUAAAUAUUUCUGUUCCCAAACCCUUUACAACAUUAUCAGAACGCUUGCUGGAUAAACUACUGCUGGCUUAAUUUAAACAUA